UGCAUGAUCUAGUUUUACCCCCACUUUGAAAAAAUAAGUUGCAUGUAUACGUUGAUGAUGUUUGCAAGGAUGAACAUCGUUGGACAGACAUGCUCUAACCACUUCUUCUACACUCCAAAAAUUUGCUCAUUUUUAUGUAAGAGGUUUAUGUCUGCCACGUUGAUUGAUGGUCACAAGCUAGCAAGAGAAAUAAAAGAUGAAGUGAAAUUUGAAAUAGAGAAAUUAUUGAAAGCUGGCAAGCGUAGCCCAGCUUUGUGUGUGGUCCAAGUUGGUGAUGAUCCAGCUAGUAAAACUUACAUAAAAAGUAAAAUCAAAGCAUGUCAGUAUACAGGAAUUGAAAGCAGUUCAAUACAUUUACCAGAAAAAAUACAAGAGACUGAACUUUUGAAUGUGAUAAGAGAUUUAAACAAGGAUGACAGUGUGGAUGGAAUUCUAGUACAGCUUCCAGUUCCAAGGCACAUCACAGAAAGAAGAGUUUGCAACACUGUGGAUCCAAGUAAAGACGUAGAUGGAUUCAAUGUUAUCAAUGUAGGAAGGUUCUGUUCAGAUCAAAUGACAUUUAUUCCAGCCACACCAGCAGGCAUUAUGGAAAUGCUUAGAAGGACUGGCAUUGAAACUUUUGGGAAAAAUGCUGUUGUCUGUGGUAGAUCCAAAAAUGUUGGAAUGCCUAUUGCGAUGCUACUUCAUGCAGAUGGAAUUUAUGAAACAAAAGCUGGUAAGUACAAGAUGUGUAUUUGAAACACUAUAUGCCUGGCGGGAACAAAUUCAAAAAAGUUAUUUUUAGCAUAUAGGUCAAAGUCAAGGCCACAAGGUUAUUGACCUUGGUGUCAUUUGAUAGAACUUAAUAAGUGGAGUAUGCAUACCAAAUUUGAAGUUUAUCUCUCGCAGUUCAAAACUUACGGUGAAGGUUUAAGUUGACAACAGACAGACAAAGAAACAGACAGGACAAAAACAAUGUAUGCUUCAAUCUUUCGAUCCGGGUGGAUGAAAAUAAAAAACCUGAAGAUUUAACUU